AUGAUCCCGCUGCCGCAGAACGUGCAGAAUGUUGGUGAUAAUCUCGCGGGUAAUCACCAGCGAGAUGGGCCUCCAUCUACGUCUACAUCUGCGCCUACAUCUUCGUCUGCAUCAGGGUCGAAAGACGACGUUGAAGACAUUUACCCAGCUACAGGCCCGCCAGCUAUGUCCUUGCCGAUGCCGUUGGAUCUUACUUUGCGCAGCUCGUCCCUUGAAUUCAUCGACUACUACGACAAGAACUUGGCUGGACUCAUGGUGUGGUUUGACUCGGAGGAGAACGACUAUCGACGACGUGUACUGCCCUUGGCUACGAGCACCCCCGCCGUCAAGUACGCCGUUGCCGCGAUUGCAGCCCACCACGGUGGAAGAACAUUUUCUCUCGAUAUGCCGCGCUUCCCCGAAGCCGCUAGGGACGCUUGUCUUGGACUGAUUAACCGCCAUAUUCAGAACAUGACGUGUCGAAUGACAGAUGGGUCUGAGCUUAAUACCCGUACCGACAUUGCCGAAGCGGAGUGGAUUCUAGCUUCUAUUCUUAUGAUAUCCUGCUACGAGAUGAGCAACUCACAGGUUGCUGCGGCUGAGGGACAUCGACGGGCAGCGCGGACGCUUGUUAACGUCUUCACAACAAAGGAGGCAAGCAACAGAGGCUUGUUUCGUUUUCUCCGAAACCAACUCUCUAUUUACGAUGUACUGGCAUCUACCACGUCUUUCAAUCUCCAAGAUAUCGAAGAUACCGUUCUCCCGCCACCCGGUACAGAACACGGCCUCUUCUCACAUUAUCUCUCCCUCCUCCAUUUCGUUACACUGCUCUCCCGUCGCGCCGCAUUCAAUAUGGACACCAACUCCUUGAUCUUAGGCAAUUAUCCGGACGCCACUCUCAUCCGGUCGCAGUUCACUCAAGCACGAGGGGCCACGCUGCUAGCCGCAGGCAAACUACGAAUCGAACCAGCAGUUGUACGCCGUGACUUUGUACGCCUCGUCGACAUCUACCACCAUACUGCUGUACUGUACUCCUACCGCUGUCUGGGCUACGCCAACUACGACAAUAUAGAUUGGAAGGCUUCGGUAGAGAAAUUGUUUGAACAGCUAAAAGUUUUAGAAGAUCCUGCCUUGUGUGCUCACAAUUUACCAUGGCCGGCAUUUAUUGCCGGGGCCGAGUCCCAUGAUGAUGUGGCAAAGCAAAAGGUUGUCACACAAUUACUUAGAGACAUAACAAAGACGACUGGAUUCAAGAACCAUGCCGACAUACUUAGCUUUUUGACUGUAUUUUGGGCAGCGUCAAAUGCGGACUGGAGACCGCUGGCUCAACAAUUUCAGGAAAAUGGGUAUCAAAUUCUUCCCGUGUGA